UAUCUGAGAUUCACAGUUUGAACGUUUUGCAAAAUGCACAAUUAUAACGACAAAUAGUGAUCCAUGUGAUGUGAUUCUCACCACUUAAGUGAUUUAAAUUUCUGACUUAUUCCUUAAAUAUUCAGCAAAAUGUUUGAACUUGCAGUUGAAAUUGAUUUUAGUUAGAUAAUUAAUUGUUUUUUGAUUAACAUUUUUCCUCAAAUCUCCGGUCAAUAAUUUAUUUUUUAAUCAUUGAGUUUUUCUACUCUAAUCUAUUUAAAUUUGGUCACAAUGCUUUCCCCCUUUAAUCACUAUACCAACAAUGCUCUUUUUUUCAAUCACAAAUACAAAUUUAUUACUAAGAUACCAAAAACUGUUUUAAUAGCAGGAGAUACAGUAUGUAUCUGUAAAUACUAGAAAAUGUAAAGGCAGCUGCAUUGAUAUAAUAAAAGGUUCAUUUUGUCUUCGUUGUAAUUUAAAAUCACUUAAAUUUAUUUAUUUUUUGAAAGCAAACGUUUGCAUAGAGAUUUGUAUCUCAUACCUGCUGUAUGACUGCAAAUUAGGUUAGUAGAUCGGUUUUUCUUAGAAAUACAUUUUGCACAUAUCAGUUUAGCACAAUUAAACAUAAAUCACCCAGUUGCACUUAAGGUAUGUUUGGGUUUGACAAUAAAAUGUGAUAUUAAGAGAUAAGAAUUAAACAGCAAAGGAUUUGUUAACCUACCGUGAAAUGGCGCUGUCCGUGGUUCUGAGCAUGUCUAGACUUACAACGCGUUUGGUUUGUUUCUUCUCCUUCAAAAAUAUUUAUGUCCUUCUAAAAAGCAAUAUUUUUAUUUGGUGGAAUUUUUAUUUCUCAUCUAGCACUUUGGAACCAAUACAACAUAUAUAGCAUACUCUUUUGAACAAUUGUUUUCUUUUAAACAAGAUUCAUACAUAUUUAAAACAAAUAAAACGAUAGAAAAUGUAUGUAUCUUUUGUAAUUUUUAUUUACUUAUUUAUUUUUGGUAAAAUAAAAAACGAUUUCAUUUAUCAGGACUUUGAUUAAGAUAGUACGAUACUGAACAGCAUAAGUCAGCGUUCACACAUUCAUUUGGAUCUGAUUAGCUCAAAAUAUUUUAGUUUGAUUCUCUUUUUAUUAAUAACUCUUGAAAACAACAUAGUUUUGGGAACUUUGCUUUAGUUUUGUUACUUGAAACGGAUUAAAAUAUCUAUUAUAAAUAAUCGUGUAUCAAAGAAAAUAUAACUCUUUUUAAUUUAUUACUCGCUGAAGUCAUUAAAGGAUUACUUAAACGUAUUCCAUGGUAAAAAUAAUAUCUGUGUUGUUCCUGUUUGAAUUCUAUUGAAAUUAAAAGAUAGUAAAGACGAAACACUAUUUCAUGAACGUUCUCCCACUAGAUGUCGCACGAGACCUUUAUAAUAAUUUAACUCACACAGCUCCUCCUGCGUACAUGUUGAUUAGAAUAACCCGUCAUCGAGCACCACCAUUGCUUUUCCACUUCACCAUACGGUAGACGACAAGACGCUUAAAACGGAACGCUUUUCCUGCAUGAAACAAUAGCUUUGUAGAUUAAUGACCCACUGGAUUACGGUUGUUUUCCGUGUCAACGAUGUUGUGGGACGGAGCAAAAGGACGCACUUGGAUUUUUGUGGUUCUGCUGCUUUGGCUUUGUGACUGCUCUGCUUCCCAGUUAACCUAUUCUGUUUCCGAGGAGGUGGACAAAGGGACUAUUGUUGGGAAUAUUGCAAAGGAUUUGAAUCUAAAUUUACGUGAUUUGGAGGCCAGAGAUUUACGCAUUGUUUCCAGUUUCAGUAAGACAUAUUUUGAUGUGAAUUUGCGCACGGGGAACCUCUUUAUAUCGGAGCGAAUAGACAGAGAGGAGCUUUGUCCGCAUGUCGACAAAUGCUCCAUCAAAAUACAAGCUGCUCUGAACAAUCCAAUGAAUUUAUACCGAAUAGAAAUCAGCAUUAUUGACAUAAAUGAUAACUCGCCUGCGUUUGUAGAAAAUACGCUUUACUUAAAUAUCUGGGAAUCGCAGUCACCAGGAGAGAGAUUUCCCCUCCCAGUGGCGCUGGACGCAGACACAGGAAGUAACGCAGUAACGAGCUACAAGCUAAACCAGAAUGAAUAUUUCUCGCUUGAUGUUCAGAGUGGAGAACACGGUGUGUCUGCAGAGCUGCUGCUGCAGAAAGCUUUAGACCGAGAGAAACAGUCUGUGAUUAAGCUUGUUCUGACGGCGGUAGAUGGAGGUAAACCACCGAGAUCAGGGACUUUACAGCUGCUUGUUAAUGUUUUAGACGUGAACGACAACACACCUGUGUUCAGCAACUCCCUUUAUAAAGUGCAGGUUAAAGAAAAUGCUGUUCCCGGAUCGUUUGUUAUUAAAUUAAAUGCAACAGAUUUAGAUGAAGGAAUGAACGGCCAGAUUCGAUAUUUGUUCAUCAAGAGAGGAAAUUUUGAUUUAUCAGAUAUUUUUUAUCUAAAUUCUGAAACAGGAGAAAUAUCAGUUAAAGGCGAAUUAGAUCAUGAAGAAACGCGGGCUUAUGAAAUCAGAGUCCAGGCCAAAGACCAAGGCCCCGUCCCUCGUAGCACUCAUGCUAAACUUUUGAUAGAAGUAAUCGAUGUUAAUGAUAACGCUCCAGAAAUAUCUGUGACGUCACUAAUGACUCCUGUUAGGGAAGACGCUCAACUGGGUACAAUUAUUGCAUUUUUAACGGUGGCUGAUAAAGAUGGAGGGAACAACGGUGUCACUAAGUGCAGUGUUGUUGGGUCUGUUCCCUUUAAACUAAAAUCUAAUUAUAAAAAUGAGUAUUCGUUAGUAGUAGAUGGACCAUUGGACAGAGAAAACACUUCUCUUUAUAACGUCACCAUUACAGCUACAGAUGAAGGGAGUCCACCUCUGUCCAGCAUCCGGGUCAUAACUGUUAAACUAUCUGAUGUUAAUGAUAACUCCCCACGAUUUUUAGAGCCUGUCAUCAAUGUUUAUAUUAAAGAAAACAGCGCAGUAGGCUCUGUUAUUUACACAGCAAGCACCAUUGAUUCUGAUCUGGAUGAAAACGCAAAAGUUACCUAUAAGUUGGUGGACAUUUCUCCCAGGAAUAUUCCAACAUCAUCUGUUUUAAACAUCAACUCAGAGACUGGAGACAUCAUCAGCCUGCAGUCUUUUAACUACGAGGAGCUAAAAACAUUUCAGUUUAAAGUUCAGGCCACAGACUCUGGUGUUCCUCCACUCAGCAGCAACGUGACUGUUAACGUUUUAAUCCUGGAUGAAAAUGACAACAAUCCAACAAUUCUGGCUCCUUAUUCUGAGCUGGGUUCUGUUAACAGUGAGACCAUCCCCUAUUCUGCUGAAGCAGGGUACUUUGUAGCAAAGAUCAGGGCUGUGGACGCAGAUUCUGGAUACAAUGCGCUGCUUUCUUAUCACCUGACGGAGCCCAAAGGAAACAACCUGUUCAGGAUCGGAACCAGCACCGGGGAGAUCAGGACUAAGAGGAGGAUGAGCGACAACGACCUGAAGAGUCACCCCUUGGUGGUGCUGGUUUCUGAUAACGGAGAGCCUUCUCUGUCAGCUACUGUGUCUAUUGAUGUGGUGGUGGUUGAAAGCACAGCUGACAUCCAGACUCAGUUCAGAAACGUGCCUCUAAAGGAGGACAGCUUCUCGGAUCUGAACCUGUAUCUGUUGAUCGCCAUCGUGUCGGUGUCGGUCGUCUUUCUUCUGAGUCUGAUCAGUCUAAUAGCUGUCAGAUGCCACAGGACAGACGGUGGUUUCAGCAGGUACAGCGCCCCGAUGAUCACCACCCACCCUGACGGGAGCUGGUCUUACUCUAAAGCUACUCAGCAGUAUGACGUGUGUUUCAGCUCAGACACACUGAAGAGUGACGUAGUGGUUUUCCCCGCCCCGUUCCCGCCUGUAGAUGCUGAACUGAUCAGUAUUAAUGGAGGAGACACUUUUACCAGAACGCAGACCUUACCUAGCAAUGACAAGGUAAGCUAUCUGAGAUUUACUGUUUGAACGUUUUGCAAAAUGCACAAUUAUAACGACAAAUAGUGAUCCAUGUGAUGUGAUUCUCACCACUUAAGUGAUUUAAAUUUCUGACUUAGUCCAUAAAUAUUUAGCAAAAUGUUUGAACUUGCAGUUGAAAUUGAUUUUAGUUAGAUAAUUAAUUGUUUUUUGAUUAACAUUUUUCCUCAAAUCUCCGGUCAAUAAUUUAUUUUUUAAUCAUUGAGUUUUUCUACUCUAAUCUAUUUAUAUUUGGGCACAAUGCUUUCCCCCUUUAGUCACUAUACCGACAAUGCUCUUUUUUCAAUCACAAAUACUAUUUUAUUACUAAGAUACCAAAAACUGUUUUAAUAGCAGGAGAUAUGUCUCUGUAAAUACUAGAAAAUGCAAAGGCAACUGCAUUGAUAUAAUAAAAUGUUCAUUUUGUCUUCGUUGUAAUUUAAAAUGACUUAAAUUUAUUUAUUUUUCGAAGGCAAACGUUUGCAUGUUUAAAGAUUUGUAUCUCAUACCUGCUGUGACUGCAAUUAGGUUAGUAGAUCGGUUCUUCUUAGAAAUACAUUCUGCCCAUAGCAGUUUAGCACAAUUAAACAUAAAUCACCCAGUUGCACUUAAGGUAUGUUUGGGUUUGACAAUAAAAUGUGAUAUUAAGAGAUAACAAUAAAACAGCAAAGGAUUUGUUAACCUACCGUGAAGUGGCGCUGUCCGUGGUUCUGAGCAUGUCUAGACUUACAACGCGUUUGGUUUGUUUCUUCUCCUUCAAAAAUAUUUAUAUCCUUCUAAAAAGCAAUAUUUUUAUUUGGUGGCAU